ACCAAAUAUUAAAUUUCUGCAAACAAUAUGAUCAAAAGACUCCAAAUAAUUAGAUGCCCUGGAGCGUAAACACUUCAGUGCAACUAGAUGUACACAAAAGACCACGUGUUAACAUGUAGUUAAUUGUUAAUUAUUGGUUUCUGAAGAUUAAUGAGUGAAACGUUAAAGGAAAGCUGAACUGACAUUUCAUUUGUUUUCGAUCCAAGAUGGCGGAUCGAAAUGUUCGACAACAGCAGCCUAGUAUAUAUGAUACACCCGAAAAGUUGCAGUCAAACACUUUAAAGAGACAUCCAAAGAUGGAUUUGAGCAAAAAUGAAUUAUUGAAAUUGUUGAGUUAUCUUGAAGGUGAAUUGCAAGCCAGAGAGGUUGUCAUAGCAACACUUCGGUCUGAAAAAGCCAAACAACUGAUAUAUCAAGCAAAAUAUGGAAAAGUGAACACAACAGAUCCUUUCUUGGCUUUGCAAAGAGACACUGACAGGUUGAAUGAUAACAGUUUUGAUGAAGGUGCUAUAAAAUCUAUGUAUGACAACCAACUGGCUCAGUUAGAAAAUUUGAUAGCAACGCAGAGAAAGGCACAGAUGAAAAUGAGGGAUCAGUUAUCUGUAGCUGAGAAAAAACACAACAAGGUUUGCCAAGAAUUAGAAGAUGAAAAACGUAAACAUGCUCAAGAUACAGCACAAGGAGAUGAUGUUACAUAUAUGUUAGAGAAAGAACGAGAAAGAUUAAAACAAGAGAUUGAUUAUGAAAAGAAUCAGAAUAAAAAGAUAGAAAAAGAUCUGAAGAAAACCCUAGCUAGUCUUGAAGAGGAACGUGCUAAUUCUGUGAAACAUAAACAGGUUGCAGUUAUGCUUAUAAAGGAACAAAAGAAACUCAUAGAAAAAUUAAUUCUUGAUAGAGAGAAACUGAAAAAGUAUGAACAAGCUCUAAAAGAAGAGAAGAACAAACAUGUAAAUGUUGUUGAAGGACUUGUGGAGGAGAGUAAAAAAUCAUUGAAAAUGGAGGCUGUGAUGGAGAAACAGUUAAGUGAUUUUGAUGUUGAAAGGGAACAGUUAAAAGGAAAGCUUGCCAAAGAGGAAGCCAAAAAUAAGGAACAUCAAAUUGAGAUAGAAUCAUUAAAGAAGCAAAUAGAAGCCUUACAAAAACAUGUUCAUAAAGAUUCUAUACAAAGCAUUGAAAUUAGGUCGACAGCUUCUCCACGUCAAUCGGCAGAUGUUUCACUUGUUACAAGCCCAAAAAUUGUGCCAAAACAGAGUGACAUGAAUGUGAUAACAGACACUCAAAACAGAGUUAUGUCUCCUGUUUAUACUGAGAGUGAGGUACAAAGGAAGGCUCGUUCUAUAACAAUGUCUCCUGAUAGAUCCAAGGAAACUUAUGCAAGGAAAAGUAACACUGAUGUUCGUUUUGCACCUGUUGGUGCAGCUUCAAAUGACAAAAUGGGUUUAGAAACUAGUAGAGGCGGUUCUAAGAUGUCGUCCAUUUCUUCAACAACGAUAUCAGGAGGUGGAAAAGUUCUGACUGUUAAUGUGAGUGGUCAUCCAAAUGUUAGUCUUUCAUCUGGAAAUGUGUCGCCGAGGAAAAUGGUACCAACAGGUCGUGGUACUCCACCCCCUUUACCACCCAACAAACCAGUUUUGUCAGCCGUAUCAACCUCAAAACCAGCUCCGCCCCCAAAGGUGGGUAUUUCAUUAACCAAAGAUGGGGCCGCUAGGUCACCAAAAGCAGUACAUAUACCUGUCAGUGUGGUGCACAGCAGUGGGACUGAAACCUCAUCGGUCAGGAAACCCACCACACAGUCAAGUCCUGAGAAUGCUGCUUUAGAUGUUGAAACGCCCCCUACUUCCUCUGAUCCUUUGGAAUUCCUUGGGCCAGAAAUGGCUGAUCUACAACAACUUCUUACUACUAUUAUGUCAGAUUCGGAUACUACACAUACUGAAAUAGACCCCACCUCAUCAUUGCUACAGUCCGAUUCAUCAUCAUCAUUAUCUUCAUCAUCCUCUGCUAAUGAAAUUGAAGCUUCUCCUCUCCAUAAAUUUGCAUUCGAUGGAAACUUUGAUUCUCUGCGAAAACUAAUAUUAGAAUGUGAUGCUGAUGUAAACCUUCCUUUGAAGGAUGGAUCAACACCAUUGCUUAAAGCUGCUGAAAAGGGUCAUGAUGGAUGUGUGAAAUUGUUGUUGGAGUAUGGAGCCAAUCCUAACUCUGUGAGAGAUGACAGAUUUAGUCCAUUACAUGCAACAGCCAUACAGGGAUAUAAAGUAUGCUUAAAGUUGCUGUUAGAUCAUGGAGCUAGUCCUAACCAUGGUGAUCACAACAAUUGGACUGCUUUACAUUUGGCAGCUACAGAGGGACAUACUGAAUGUUGUCAUUUACUAUUAGAACAUGGAGCUAAACUCAAUAGUAUAUCGAAUACCACCUGGACACCAUUACACAGUGUAGUGCAUUCAAAUCUUGCUGAAUGUUUGAGAUUUUUGUUGACUUACCAUCCUAAAUCCGCAUCAAGGACAUACAACUUAAAUGAAGUAGUUGGAAAUGAUAAAGAUGGCUGGACUAUAACCCACAUAGCAGCUACUCAUAAUACUCCAGAUUGCUUAGAUGUAGUAUUGAACCACUGUAAUGUAGAUUUAGAGAAGAAAGAUAGGUGGGGUCGAACUGUAUUAGAUGUUGCUUCACCACAAUGUAAUCAAUACCUUAGACAAAUAGUUGAUUCCAAGGAUGUUUCCCUGUCAGUGAUACUAGAAAUUUCAUAUGUUUCGUCAUCCAAUACAGACAUGUUUACUUUACCAACACAGAAAUUUAACAUUGGAAGUGUACUACUAGCACCAAACACACCCUGGGUCAUAUUGGAGAAUAAAUUACAGUUUGUUUUGACUUCUUUCUUAUCACAGCUAGAUGUUGGUUUGAAAACAAAAAGAACCAGUAGAUUGGAUCCAGAAAUAGGCGGGGACAGCAUGCAGUAUUCACUAGGAAUCAAGUUUGAUAUCCUAGAUAGGUUUAUGCUAGGUAGAUUUGCUUGGAACAAAGGUGACAGCUUUCAACAGCUGCCAUAUGAUGUAAUGUGCAAUAAUAAGGCUAAUACUGUUAGUAUUAUAGUUGAAAAUAGUAUAGAAGCUUUGGCCUGUGAUGUUUUGUUCCCAGUGUCUGUUCUACAAAAUUACAUUAGAUUGCUUGAACAUUACAAAAGUGUAGUGUUUUAUGGGCCAGAUUCUACAGGGAAGACUUACUUAGCCAGGAGAUUAGCCAAUUACAUUGCUAAAAAAGAGCAGGAAAGUGGAAAGAUUACAGAAAUACACCAUGUUUCAUUACAUGAAAAUUAUAGUCACAAUGAUCUAGUCAAAUUACUGAAAAAUACAGGUUGUAUGGUAAAAGAAGACAAUGAAGAAGCUGAUUGCAGAGCACCAAUUUUGAUUCUAGAUAAUUUAGAUAAUAUAAACAUUGCUGAGUUGUUUGGCCCUUUACUGAAUGCCGUGGAACAUAGAGGACAGUUUCAUUCUUUCACUCUUCAUGGUGCUACAGAUGAGGGUGGUGAAGAUCUCUAUUUCUUUGUAGAUAAUUUAUACAUACUUGGAACUAUGAAUAAAUCAAGGUCUAUUGGGUUAGACUUUGGUAUACAACAAAGAUUUCGAUGGGUGCAUCUACGUAUUGACAUUGAACCCAUACGUAACUUGUUAGCCAGACAUCUACUUAGAAGAUUUAUCCAUAUAAACAAGGGCCAGUUGCCAUCUUCAGACAGUACAAUAUUUCGAGCUGUGGAAUGGGUUGUUUGUGUGUGGCAGAGAUUGAAUGAUGGACUAGGAAAACUUGGUUUACCAGAUGUGGUGUUUGGUCCUUACCAGUUUUUAUCGUGUCCCCUGGAAACUAAUGAUCCACAAAGUAUUCAAAGUUGGAUGGCAACAAUGUGGAAUAAUGUAAUAUCCCCAGUUGUAAAAGAAGCUGUGAUAAAGAACAGUGGAAAAGAUGCCUCAGAUCUUGGCCAACAGAAAGUUGUCAGUACAGCAUUAUAUGUCUUAAUGCAAAGGGCUGUUGUACCAGGCUGUCCAUUGUCUGGUCAAGAUAAAGAACAUUUCCUUCACAGUUUGUCUGGGACAAAUGAACUAGAUAUUCCAAUAAAACAAGAUAAGACAACAAAAUCAACAGGACUUUCUAGACGUUCUAGGGAAAAUAGUCCAGUCAGAAUUCAAAGGAAUUCAAUAGGAAGUGACAGUAAACCUGACAUCAUGUAUGCAUCAUCCAGUAUCAAGAGAAGAAGUCUCUCUGAUAUGUCUCUUAAAUCUACUUUCGAAGCAGAAGAAAUAAAACAGGACACACAACAGGCCAAAGUUCCCAAGUUAGAAAUUAGAUCUCCAGUGAUAUUUUCUAGAAACUCUCCAUUACGGGCCUCAACACCUGCUGGAAAUUAUUGGGAAACAGAUAAUAAUUCUUCACACAUAAUUAGAUCCUACAGUGUAUCAAAUCGUCCAAAUUCCUCUCAAGGAAGGACCUCUUCCAAUAUCCCACAAGUAUCUCGCAGGACACGAUCAUCAGAAAAUUUAACCAGUGUCGGAAGUCCUUAUGGAUUUAACAAGUUUAAUAAUAACAAUAUCACAUCAAAAUUAAAGUCACCAUUUUCAUUUUCCCUGGCCACACCAACUUCGUCUUUGACUUCAUUUAAAUUCUUGGAGGCCAAAUCAAAAGUAACUACAGGAAGUCAUAUAAAGCGUACAGCACGGAGGAGUUUAGAUUCCGCUGACAGAUCAUUUAGUGCUUUACCUUCCAGGAAUGAGAGACGGUCCUUUCAACAAGACCAUUAUCUUGGUACAAAUUGUUGAGAACAAAAGUAAUGUCCCAUCAAUGUGUUCAUUUAUUUAUUGUACUGGUUUAUUUUAUAUAGGUAAUUUAGUUAAUUAUUUCUCAAAUUAUAGCAUUCUUUUGUUUUGUUUUGUUUAGAUAGAUAAACUAUUUGUUCUGGAGUUUGUUUUAGAUGGUGGAAUUGUUAAUGCUUUUCAAAAUCUGUCAGACACCUACUUUCUGUUUUCUGAUACAUAAUAACUUUGAAUUAAUAAUGGGGGAAUGCUUAUCACGACAAAUCAGACUCUUCUUGGAUUUUUUUUUUUUUUUUUCCUCUGAUAGAUAUUUUGUUGCAGAAAUAACUUCUUAAAAUUUGUAGGCCUAGAUUGAACACCUAAAAUGUAGAUUUAGUACAAAUGGAUUCAUUUCUUCAGCAAUGAGAGAGAGAGAGAGCAAAAAUUAAAAAAAUCAGUAACAAGUUGAUAGUUUGAUCAAGUGUUAUUUGUAAAUUUAUUCCAAUUUUAAGUUUUUCUUGCUAUCAAUUUUUAUUCAAGAUCAAUAAACAGUAAUGAACUUUUGUCAUUUUAUUUGCAACAACUAGCAACUUGAAAUGCUCAAUAUUUCAAUGUUAAAACAGGUAAAUCCUGAUAAAUAUAUUUUAUAUAUUUGAAUGGGUAAUUUUGAUGAAUCAGUUCAUCUGUCAAUGGGUAAUACAGGAAGUUUCUUAUUAGAAGUCAUUCACUUUUAAGAACUAGUUAAGUGUGUCAUUAAAAUUAUAGUGUUCCUUUCCUGGUUGAGUAGGUUCAAAAAAUCAAAAUCUUUAUGUUUUAAUAUUUUUUUAAGUUCUUAAAUAUUACAUAAGAAUUAUUCCGAUGUGAUGCACAUUUAUUAGACUAAAGUGUUAGGAUUGUCAUUGAAAUGACACAGAUUUAAAGUGUCCUAAGCUAUAAGUGUGUCAGGUUGUGUAUUAGUCAUAUCACUUCAGUCAUUCAUCUCAUGUAAGCCAAAGAUCCUAGAUAUAAAUGGGUCACAAAGAAAGCUAAACAGCAAUUAAAUGUGUAAAAAAAAAUAUGAUUCAUACAUUCACGGUUUGCUUUAUUUGAUUCUGUUCAAAUGAUAUGCUCACCAGACCCUUUUUACUUUGUAAAUUACAUAUGUUUAAUAUUAAGCUUAUACAGACAAGCAUAACAUAGUUUAUAUACAGUAAAUAUAUUUAUUUUUGCCACUUCUUUUUCAUUAUUUGUUCAAGGCUAUUUCUCAUAUUGUUUGAUAAGAUGAAAUAUGUAGCCAGCUAUAUACAAAUGUUCAGGGGUGUUGUAAGCCACUAUUUAAUAUGUACUUCUAAAUUAAAUGUUCACUGCUUUAGUGCUCUGUGAUGCUUUACUAUUUUUCUAGGUGCCAUCGAGAAGACAUAUUUAGCCAAACAAGGACACCUUUCAGUUUAUAAAAUUCUGUACAUAUUAUUUUUUUUUUUAAAGUUAACAAAUUUAGUGACAGGUCUGAUGAAUGUAAGCAUUGUAUAUAUUUCUCAAGGAUUGUGCAAUUUACAUCUGUUUAUUUUGUGUUUUGGAUGCCUUCAAAUUGCAAUUUCCAAAAAAGCAAAGUUAUGAAUUUGUAUUAUGUUGAUUGCAAAAGAGUUGUUUCAGUAAAUAUGGAUAACUUAUUUUACUUUAAAAGGACAUUCUUUACAUGUUGGUUUUAAAAUUAUUUAUUAUAAAAUCAGGAAUCAUUGUUGUUUGCAACAUACUGUUAAUGAAAUAAUGAAGAAAUUCUCAGUAUUUUGUGAAUCAAAUUUUAACCAAGAUAUAAAGUGUAAUAUUUUAUGCCGUUGUGAAAGUAAUGUAUAUUACCGACAUUAUUUUUGUAAAUAACUUGUACCUGUAUAUUAUAUAUGUGCCAAAUGAAUAUGUCAGAAAUUUGUGAUAGAAUUAUAAUGUAUAUUGUGAUAAUUACAAUGUAUAACAGUGGUAUACUAUAUCUGCCAUGUAUUGGGCAUUCAUAUAUAUAUUUUCUUUUUUGCAUUUGAAAAAAUACAAUACAGAGAAAUCUUUCAGUAAAUUUGUCUGUAAUCAAAUGUCAAACUUAUAUAUUAGUCUACCAAGCUCUCAACUCAACAUAUUUCUUCUAUGAAAAUUGUAGGACACAAGUCCUACAGAGACUUUGUGCUCAAUAACAGGCAGAGGUCAUUCCUUAGUUUAGAGUUCAGUUGUAUGAACUAGAUAGAAAACUUUUCCCUUGGCAUUUCAUUGCACAGCAUUUUUCCAGCACAAUCAAGAUUAGUUAAUUCAUUGAGUGCUUUACUUAUUGCUUGCCACAAACUCUUUUCUGCCAUCCCACAAAUAAAGAUGAAAAAUAUUUCAUAUCGCUUACAAAACUGGUGCUUGUGAUAUGUUUAAUAAAGACCAUUAUGUAUUAAAAACAUUAUAAAUUAUAAAUUAAUUAAAUUAGAUCAUUAGUUGUGACUAGAUUUUUCAAGGGUUCUUCAUAGCUUACAUGACAGGGUUGGCAUCUGCCCAUUGUUGAAGGUAUAGCAGUGACCUAUUGAUAAGUUUAUACACCUAUAAAAAACCUAGACAAUUGUUAGAUUUCAAAAGGACAGAAUAACCGAAUAAUGGACAUAGGUAACACUAUCUGUCUUGUUCACAUAGUUGUGGGGCAUAAAAUUACAUUUCCUGGAAUCAGAUAAGUUGUGACUGCUUUGAUAGGCAAGAAAACAUGUAGACAGUAAUAGUGAUACUGAGCUUGAGGUCAUAAUGUGGUAGCAUAAAAAUACCAGCAAUGCUUGAAACAAGUACAUUAAGAAUGAAUUUUAGAAUGUAGCAGGUUUUUUCCUCCAGAUACAAAUUGUUUUUUUUGAUUCUCAGAAUUUAAAUAAUUAUCUUUUUUGUUAACACUGUACAAUGUAUAUAUUGACAAUUUUAUAUUGAAGAGCAAUAUUAUGAAUUUUUUCUUGGUUUUGUACAUUAUUUUGAUUGAUCUUGAUUGUUUUUAAUGGAAUAGAAGAUCUGUACAUCAGGCAGCAUUUAAUGUAUAGGUUGUGUUUUAAUAGAGAUUAUAUUUAGUUGUGUUUGUUUUAUCAUGUUGAUUACAUUGCUUUUUAAUCUUCUUUUCUUGUUAAACAUUAAACCAAAAAAUAAUUCUUAUUUUAAUCAUUUUCUGACAUUCUUCCUCUGCUAUAGAUCUCUUCAAUAUAUCAUUUUCUGAAUGCUGGAUCGACUAUUUACUUAUAAUGGAAUAAGGAGUUAUUCCCUUUCUAGAUUAAGGCUUUUUCAUUGCAAUUAUUGACAGUUAUAUUUGGUUUAUAUGAGUAUGAUCAUUUUACCUCUAGCAAACUUCUAAUCAUACUUGAAAAGCUGAUAAUGUCUAUAGAUAAGUAAUUGAUGUUUCGCCAUACCUCUCUAUUGUUGUCAAUCAGUACUUUUCCUUUAGAAAGGAAAUAACUCCUUUCAAAAUAUAUAAUUUUAGAGUGAAAUUCAGUAUUCAUGGCCUAUUGAAAAGUGCUGUAAUAAGAUGUUUUGAUUGUUCUUAAUACAAAAAGCAAAUUUGUUUAUUGUUUCAGACAUUCAUUGUUGUGAUUUUCAUUUCAAGAGCUUGGCUUUUAUAUUGAUUAUCAUUAUCAUUAUGGAGACGACAUUUUCAAUUCCAGUAAAUAGUGCUGUAAAUUCAGAAAUUAUUGCGUGCAUUUAUUAUUGCAAUUUUGUCUUUUUAGACCAAAAUGCUAUUAUUAUUUUGGCGAUACUGAGAAAAAUUCUGCAUCAUUCAAAUAAAAAAAUCCAAAUGUGAGUUUAAAUUAUUGCGACGACAAACCCUGUUGCAUUUUUCGCAAUAAUUUUCGAAUUUACAGUAGUCUCUUCUAAAUAUGAAAAAAAUGUCAUUACAUUGGUCAUAGCUUUAUAUUCAGCUGGAAAUUUAUACAUCAGUAUACAAUGGAGCAACAUGAUAACUUUAGUAUAUGGGAAGUUUUGAAUAUCAGUUCAAUGUUACAUGAAAUAGACCUGUUUUGAGUCAGUUCCUGAAUGGAUAUUCAUUUUAACACAUUUGUUUAUAUGUGAAUUCAUUAAAACAAAUAAGAUCUUAAAAAGUAUUUUUCUUAUUACAGUGUAUUUUAUAAAUAUCCAUGAAAUCAGUCCUCAAAUUUUGAUGUAGUAUAAGGUACUAGCAGUUUUUGUUAUUUUCACUGACUUGAAAAGGUUAUUUUUCAGGACUCAAACCUACCUGCGAGAGCAAAACAACCUAGUGCAGUGAGGAUUAACAUUUCUUAGAUCCUUCAUUUAUCUAUUAAUUCUGAAUUUCAUAUCAUAUUUAUGAUUAAUAUGGUACUCAGAUAGUCAAGUUAUAAAAUGAUGUGUAUUUGUAUAAUCAUAAUUGUCAAAAUGUAUUUUUAAUUGAAAUUACAUAAGUUGUGCAAGAUUCAACUACAAUUAUGGACACUGGAAAAUAACUCCCAAUUCAAAAUAUUGCCUAAUUGUGUUCCAUUUCAUAAUGUUUAAUUUGUAAGUUCACAUUGCAAAAUGAAAGCUAUCUUUACCCUCAGUGCUCACAUGCACUUUGAUUUGUUAUGAGGCUUGUUAGCAUUUAGUCCUCAUUGAGCAGAGAUUCAGAACUAAUAGAUAAAUGAAGAAUUUUUUGUAAGGAACUUACUUAAAACUUGACUAUUACAUAUUGUAGCAGGAAAUGAAAUAUUGUAUCCCAAAUUUCUUUAGUGCUUCUUUAUUUCUUAACUAUUUAUAAUUAUAUCUCAUGGAAAAUGGAUUCAGGAAAUCAGACAAUAAAAUAAAAUAUCAAAUGAG